AUGCUGGGCCUGCAGCACGCCCGCCGUGACUCAAAUGCAUCUCUGACUCUGGUUCGUCUCGGUCUAUAUCAGGCCUCGGUUCUGAAGCAAUACCUACCUACCUGUUUUCUCUAUUCCCAGAUCGAACUGGAAAAGUUGAACGAAGCCACGGACAGCAUUAACAAGUAUGAGGUCGAACUGGAUGAAGCCAAAAACGAGUUCCGCGAGCUGCUGAAGGAGAGCGUCGAGAAGAUCAAAGCCGUGGCCAAGAAGCUGGGCAACUCGAUUGAAACGGCCAAACCGUACUACGAGGCACGGCUGUACGCCUCGCAGCUAACCAAGGAAACGCAGCAGUCGGCACUGAACUACGACAAAGCCAAAUCGGUCCAUGCGGCGGCCAAAGAGAUGGUGUUCCUAGCGGAGCAGGGUUUGGGCGAGAAGUCCACCCUGGAUACCGCCUGUCAGGAGAUGUUGACGCACGCUACGACGCGGGUCAACGAGUCGCAGAACGAGUGCACCGAGAUGCGCAACGUGCUGCGGAUCAGCGAGCUGAAGCUGGAGGUGGCGAACAAUCGGGUGGCGAAGCUGCACUCGCAGCUGAAGGGGGCGAUCCGGGCAUCGAGUAUGGAUGUUCGCAGGAACCUUCUAAUGAUGAAUUUGCUUGUUUAUCAGAAUGAGUUAUUGUUUUUACCGUAUUACGAACUGCGAGCGAACUAUAAUGCUCUGCUUCUCGAGCAAAAGCAGAAGGUCGUCGACCUGGAAGCGAAGGUGUCCGAAGCGAAGAUGAGCUACAACGAAGCUCUCACCCGGUUGGAGAAGAUCUCCGAGGAGAUUCACCAGCAACGGAAAGCCCGCGCCAGCAGUAUCGACGAGGACGCUUCCUCGUCGUCUUCAUCCACGAAUCACCCGCGAACACAGCAGCUAGGUCUAGGCGGAAUGCACCUGCCCUUCAGUAAAUCGCCUUCGGCUGCACGGAUCGAGUCCAGUGACGAGUAUCUGGAGUUCCCGGCCAAGCUGGGACUGAAGUCCAGCCCGAUUAAGCCCAAGUAUCUGGACAAGCUGGAUUGUCCGCACCUGCUGAAGGACUUUGCCCGGAAGCCCAGUCCAGGCGGAGAAAGCGAUUCGGACAACAACUACCUGUUUUCGCCGAAUCGGACCAUUGACGACAUCACCAACAUGUCCUCCGAAGACAUUGAACAGUGGACGGAGAUUCGAUUGUCCAAUUCGAACAGUAGCAGUUCGGGGUACUCGCAGCACAAUUCGUUGGCACUGGAUGGCGACCAUAAUGGACUGGUGGCCGACAUGAUCUCCGAUACGACCGAUACGGAUUCCGAUGAUAGCCACUCGGGACCCAGAGUCAAAGCCCGCAUCAUCAAGAUGGAGAUCUACGACGACAGCGCCAAUCAGAACACGCGGAAGAGCGAAGGCAUCACCGGUUGGAUCGCGAGCCGGUCCAUCGGUCGAUCCGCCUCCAUCUCCAUCACCGGCUGUGGUCCAACCCCUAGCAGUGUCUCCACCGCCCUCAAGGACACCGCUUCCACUCCGACGGGAACCGGUAGCAGCAGUUCCGGCCGGAGGCAGAGCCUGGACAUCAUCAUCGAUACGAGCGACCGCGUUAAGGAUGCCUUCGCCCAGGGCAUCCAGCGGAUUGGGCGUUCGUUGGAACGACGGAACUCCGAAUCGGAGAUCCGGGACGGUGGAAGUGAGGGGUUGGUCGGUGGCCCGGCGGUUAAUGGGGGGAGUGGUUCCGGUACGGGGAGUGAUUUUUUUCUCUUCCAACGCUCGUCGGAUCCUGCACGGGAUGGUCUCUCGGAUGAACAGGUGGAGAACCUACUUCUAGGCCAGGACUGUUCGGAUCUGUUCCAGAAUGUGGUCAACCUGUCCAAGUAAGGUGGGGAUUCGAUCGAGCGUUGAACUGGAUUUACUGUGAUUCGGCGGAGGCGGCGAAGAGGAUGAUUUUACACUUAUUAGGCAAUGAUUCACACAAGUAGGAAAGUAUUAUUUUAACCUAUGCGGUAGGCUAAUCGAUGAAAUUUGCUGUGACAUUUGAAAAAAAAACUAGCAACACUGUAACUAAACAAAACUCAAAAUUUAGAAACAAAAGUCUAUUGUUACAGAGAGGGAACUACAUCAAUGUCUGGAGUGGUGAAGCGUGUGAAGCGAUAACAUCGCAGGAACCUCUGACAUUUCGUUUGUCAUCGAAUGUCAGAGCGGAUCGCAGCAACCCUUGAAAACUUAUGAUGAAUCAUAUCAAAAUGGAACAAUACAGUACUUUCUUAUUAACAAUCAUCUCCAAUUGGCAAUCCCAUCUCCCAUCUGAAAGCAUCGAUGUUAUCGCUUCAUCAUUUCGGAGUGGCAGUUCUCCAUGAUGAUUAUUGUUACAACCAAGAAAACAAAACAAAGCUAAACCAAAACAAACUACAUAGUCUUAGAGAGGCAUCAAUUGAUAUCAAACAAAAAAAAAACGCUUGGAAAUUGCAAUUUUAGGGGUUGAACAAAGUCACCCCCAUAAGACAGAAGAGGAAACUCAUCAGAGAAACCAGAAAGCAAUUUUAUCUGUCGUCUUAAAAUCCCGAACAAAAACUUCAUCUCAUCAUCACAGGGCUGAGUAAAGUCACAUACAUUCCAUUGCUCGUUUUAUUUGACAUUCACUCGACAAGAGUGCGCAUUUGACGUACUCGACGUCACCACUUAGACAUUUCUGUCAUGACAUUUUGCUGGCCUGGCAGAAAGAAAAACGCUACGGAAGAGUUCAACAUUGUUGCUUUCAUAACAAUCAGCGAGGAAACACCCCUGUUUUGUCACAUCUGCCUGGAAAAAUGUCAUGACAUUUGUGUCUGGUGACAUUUGAUGUUGGCGACACCAUACUGACAUUCAUAUACAUCUCUUGCUGUGUCCUCUUAUGUAUGUGUUUGUUAUCUAACUGUGUAGAGAUGAUAGCUAUAGAAUAUGAACAAUACAAAUCAAAAACAUUGGAUCGAAAAAAUGGAUGAGUAGGAUAUGAGAUGAAAUGACAACUGGGUGAAAUAUAGCUAUCGUAACUGGAAGUUA